AUGUCGUAAGCUAAUAUUUAGCAUGAAACUCAUAAUGUUUAGAAUAAUGAACAUGAUCAUGCUCACAUUUAGGAUCCUUAAAAUAGUUAAAAUAUUCAAGGAUAAACUCACCAUGACUAGAUAAAAGAAUAAAAUGUCUAACACCAAAAUGAUGAAUAAAGCAGCAAUAAAAUAAUUUAAGACGGAUCUGCCCAUCAUGAAAAUAAAGGAGUUUAAUCUAUUUCCGUAAUUAGUGGAGCUGAAUAGGAAGAAUAAGAAGAUUAUUUAAAGUAAAAUAGCAUCUAAUAUUUUGAUGAAAAGGAAUAGCAUUUAAAUAAUCAACCUUUGACUGAAAGAUCUUAAAACUAGAACAGCGAAUAAAUUCAUAAAGAAAAAGAGUAAACAUCACCUCCUUCUAACAAUGACAAUGAUCAUGAAUCAGCUGAAAAAAAAGUAGAAUAAGACAAUUAAAUGCAUUUAAGUGGGCAUGUAUUAAGCUAGUAAGAAAGAGAAUUUAUAAUAAAAUAAAAUAAUCAUAACAAUAAUAAUGGUAAAGCUGUUAUAAGUGGGAAAAAAAACAUAAAAGAAGGUUAAAGUAGCCUAGUCACUCCCAAGAAAAGACUUAGUAUUUAAAGAUUAAGUGCUUAAAAAAACUUGAAUAGUGAAGAUAGUACUGAGAAGUAGCUUUAUUCAAUGAAUGAUGCUAGUGAAAUUACUAAAAGCAAUAAUUAAAUCGAAAAAAAUGAGCAAAACUAGGAAUUAGUUAAGCUAAGACUGUAAAACGAUAAAUUGAGGGAAGAACUAAAAUCCUUAAGCGAUAAACUCAGCAUAGUAAUUGAAAAGAAUUAAAAGAACAUAGCAAGUUCAAAAAAUAGAUUAAAUAAUUAAACUUCAGAUCCUGUUCUUAAAUAAGAAUUAAAUAAUGCUUAUAAGUUGAUUGAUGCAAUACAGAGGGAUAAUAAGAAAUUACAAAGCCAAGUUUAUGAGGGAGGUCAUUAUGAAAAGGUUAUGAAGCUUGAAAACGAUCUUAAAAGCAAAGAUUAAGAAAUAAAAUUGAUCAAAAGGGAGCUAGAGCUUACAAAAAAGCUAUAAAAAAUAGCUGCAUCACAAGAAUCUGAUAAAAAAGAUAUUCAAAUUAGAAAAGAAGAUUUCAAUGAAAAAUAUGUUUUAAAAUAAAAAAUAAAAGAGCUGUAAGAUAAAUUGUCAGAAUAGGAAGAUAAAUUCAAUAAGUAGUACAAAGAGUUCUUAAGCAUGGAAAAAGAAUACAAAAAGCUUUGUGAAAAGAAUAAUAUUAAGCCUAACUUUAUUUUCAAUGAGUAAGAAAAUGCAUUUGAGAGAUAAUCAAAACCUUCUUAAAUUUAGUUAGUAUCAAGAGACAGAAAAUCUGGCAGCCUUGCAAAUAAUCCUAGAAGAUCUGAAAGUUUAAAACCCCUAGACAAGAGCAAAUUAGUUUAAAAUAAUUCAGUGGUUGACUAAAUCGGUGCUGCAGGUUUGGCAAAUGACCCUGAAUUUUCUAAUUUAGAAUUUAAUGAAUAAAAUUUUUAAGAAAUUUUAUAAAAAGCCAGAGUUUAUAAAAAGUCUAAAAUAUCAAAUGAAAAAAAGCUGAACAACGAGAUUAACGAGUUAAAGAAUAUUCUUGGUCAAAAAAAUUAAGAAAUUUUAGCUCUUAAAUAGCAGCUUUUAAAUAGGGAUAGAUAAAGUAAUAAUCUUUAAUCUCAAAUAAACUAGCUUAAACGCUAGAAGUAAAAUUUAAAUGAGCAAUAAAACUAUAAUUAACCAUAGAUGGUAGAUAAUAAUAUUUCGAUUGAUGAAAAUGAUGGAUAUGAUAAUAAUUAUAUCCCAGGGGCAGAUUAAACUAACAAUUCUAUUUAAUAUGCAACACCAAUGAAAGAAGAGAGAUAAAUUCCCAAGAAAAAGCUACUACCCUAAAACAGCAAUCUCAAAAAUAAAUCUAAAAGUCCUCUUCAGAAACAAAUUGUUACCUAACCAGAUUCUCAAACUAGCAGAAAUUUAAUUUCAAAUCCCUCUACAAAUUUGCCUUUUUCAACAUCUAAUAAUUCUUCACCUGUCAAAAAGAGUGCAAAAAAAUAAAUUCAACUCAAUCCAAUAAAUCAUAUCAAUAAUCCUUAGCCUCAAUAUUCAAGUUAUGAACCCAAUAUUAAUAGUAAUAAUAAUCGUUAUCCAUAAUAAAAAAAGACAACCCCUACUUAACCUAAACAGCAAUAGCAUUCUUUACAAGAAAUACCAAAUCAUAAUAUUAAAAAACAAACAAAUCAAAAGUAAUUACAAUAACAACCAAGAUAAUCAGACUAGCAACUAUCAAAAAAAUCUGAUAUCAAUUAAUCUGUAGAAGAAUUUAACUCUUAUUCACCAACUAGAUUUUAAAAUGAUGAAAAGAAUAUGCCUGUUUAAAAUAAUGUGUUAUUAUCAGAAUAAAAUUUAAACAUGGAUGAUAUAAUUUCUCAUCAUAAGGGUAUUUCACCUUAAUAGCAGGUUUUGAUUCCUUUGACUCUUAGAGAUGUUUAAAUAGGAGCUGAAGUUGGUGACAGCUAUAAAUUCACUGAUAGAAUAACUUUAAAAUAAAACUAUCAUCACAAAAUUGUCUUAGUAAAGGUAGCACAUGAUGAAAAGGGCAUUAUAGGUAUUUAAUGCUUCUAUCGUUUACAAAAGACUUCGUAGAUAGUUGAAGGAGAGAUGCAUAUCAUUAAAGAUCAAAAUUCAAAUAUUAUUUUAGAUGAUGAGCAAUAUAUUACUGAGGAGUUUAAUGCUGAUGAUAAAUAAGAUGGUGACUAUAUUAAAUAUGUAUAAGGAACUUUGAAUACAGAAACUAGCUAAAUUGUUAACUUAAUAUUUGUUUCAGCAAAGGGCUAUAGAAAAUUGCUUGGAUUGCAACAACAAAAUAAUUAUGAAAAUCUGUAGAGUUUCAAUUUAGAAAUAUCUGAGAAUGAAGUUCCUAUUUGCUUAUACGGCUCUCUAUAAAAGUAAUAUGGGGAUAAUGAAAAUCCAACAGGAUCUAUAUUAACUAUGAUUGGGUUUAAUGUAGAAAGAGAUGAUAAUCAAAUUGAAGAAAAUAUUAAAGCUUUUUACACAGAAGAUGAUCAAGUAAGAACAGAAUUUGAGCUAAAUCAAAAGCAAUAAGAAAUGAAAAAGAAAAAGAAUAACAAUUCUACAAAAUUUAUUAGAGAUGAAAAUCAUCAAUAGGAAAACAAUUAAUAAUUUUCAUAAAAUAAUUCUCAAUUAAAUAUUUAGCAUAUUCAAUAAAAAGAGAAUCAAGAUAAUCAUCACAAUCAUAUUGAAUCUAACUAAGAUCAUGCCAAUUAAAAAUAAAACAAUUCUUAUGAAUCUCCAUACUUUAAAUCUGAAGAUAAAAGAGAUUAAUAGGUUGACCAUAUCAAUCCAAUUUAAAUUGUUAACUAAGCAGAUCAUCAUGAAAAAAACGAACAAAUUAAUUAAAAAUAACAUAAUUCUGAAGCUAUUAGUUAGUAAUAAUUCAAAUUAGAUGCAAAUCAGUAAAAUAGUGUUUAGAAUGACGAAGAAGAUAAUGAAUUUACUUUAAGUAAUAUGAACGUUUAGAAUGAUGAUAAAAAAGAUAAAUUAGAUUCACAUGGCUAAGACUUAUUAUUAAAAUCACCUUAAAAUCAUUCAUCAUAACACCCAUCAAGAAACUCCUAAUAUUAAACCUAACAAAUAUAAGGUCAUUCUAAGGAUAUUUAAAAGGCCUAAGAAUCGAUAAGUAGAAACUCAAAUUCACAUAAAGAAAGUGAAAUAAUAGAUAAAAAGAAUAACCAAAAUGAGCAUAAAAAGGAAAAUCAAGCAAGUUAAAAAUCUAGCAGUCCUCAAAUAGAUUAAACUGUACACCAUGAUUCUGAUAUUUCAAGAAAUAAGUAAUAGCCUAGUUCUUAAAAUGAUUAGCAUGUACCCUCUUCAUUAUCAUAAAGAAAUAAUGAAGGUUAAAAUAAUGAACCUAAUUAAAAAGAAAUUAAAGAUAAACAUUAAGAAGAGUUAGUCUAAUAAAAGACUUAAGUUAAUUAAUAAAAUCAAAAAAGUGAGCAUAAUCACGAAAUUUUAAAUAGAGAUGAAUCUAAAAAUGAAUUUAUUGAGCCUCAAAAUAUUGCAGAAAACUUAAAAAUGCAUGAAAAAAUCGAUAAACCAGAUGAAAAAUAAAAGAAAUAGAUCAACAAAGAACAAGAUAACCAUCAUCCAUAAAAUCCUAUUGAUCCUACCCACUUAAGCCAUAAUGAUAAUAAUAACCAUUAAAAAUAAAAUGAUUAGGACCAUUAAGAGCAUAAUAAUCAUAACCAUUAAGAACAUUAUGAUCAUAACCAUUAAAAUGAUAAGCACAAUUAGAAUACUAAAUUAGAAAACAAAUUGGAAGCACAAAAUGUUUGA